UAAAACUCAUAAAUACUGAUCAGAACACACUGAACAUUUACACACAACACAAGUAUUCUUGUUACACACAAAGAGCAGGAAAAAGCUCUUGGCUGAAGUCCAGGGACACUGGAAUCUAUUUGAAAUGGGCGCACAGGGCAAGAGCGUGGACUUCAGCGUUUUGGAGUUCGACAACUACAAUGACUACAUCACCUCGUUCGCCACCGUGAAGGACCACCGCUACCUGGGCAACCUGAGCACCAUCAAGACCAUCGUCCAGUUGGGCUACCGCACCACCAAGAUACCGUACACCCCAGAUGAGUACGUGAAAAGGGUGGACAUCGCCUUGGAGGCCAUCAGGCCCAAGACGUCCCACAUUGGGUUGUUCAGCGACCUCCUGGCCCCGACGAACGAGGACCCGGUGCUUCUGGAGUUCAAGUCGCGCGAGUUGCUCAACCUGAACAAGAUCCUUUCGACAAUCGUCUUCACCUCGUACAUCAACGUCGACGGGUCGGAGAUCUCCGGCUACAUCGACCUGGACAUGAGUUGGAGGAACUGCUACCGCGAGGCGUUAAAGCACACCGACUGGCGGGGCGUCUUCGCCGGCCGCACCCGGCUGAAGCCCAUGCCCCACCACCUCAGCUACUCGAACCCCCGCUACAACAUGGUGAAGUACUCCGACAGCGACAACUACCAGGUGAUGCACGACCACCACUACGGCCUGAUGUUCAUGCACCGGGGCGACCACAAAAUGAUCUCCGUGGGCGGCCAGUUCAACAUGUACUCGCGGAACGCUAAGCGGUCGAUGGUCUACUCUCCCAAGUUCGGAUACGUCGUCUUUUACGACCACUUUGUACGCAAGAAGGUCUAGUUCGGGUGGAGGAGGGCGAAAAGGUCAAAGCUAAAAUUAUGUCUGAAGUACGAACCUUAAAUAAUUCGAAUAUAGAAACGCGACACAAUAAUGGAAAAAAGCUAUACCGUUUUACAAAGCGUAACCAUAUGUCAAAACUACUCAACUGGGUGAAGUUGACACUUCUGACCUCAUAAAAAAAAAGUACAUCUUAAUCAGCAUCACCGGACGAUUAGAUUAAGUAAGCUUUGUCGGUGCAAAAAAAUAGUAGGUUCAAAGGUAAUACGUUCUAAGAUUUCCUAAAAUUCGAAAUAAAUUUCAUGUGGAUCGAAACCCUAGGACCAUAGGAAAGACCGAAAAACUUGUAAAAUAUUAAAAAUAAAACCUGUUUCGUCGUUAUUUUUUAUCGCA